GACAAAAUACUGAAAGAAAUCCAGGAGCUCGGUCCUGAUCCAGAAGAAUACAUGAACAUCAUCGGAGGUUUAACUGAAUUACCCUCUCAUAUGGAAGAUGUUCAACAGAAACACAAGGAGACACUGAAGGCACAGACUGAAACACUGAGCGUGAACACCAUCCUGAUGAAUGAGAAGGUUAAGGAUUUCCAGCUGCGUGAUGGAUACGCUGAGCUCACAAUCAUCUCCACUGUUCGAGAUCGGACACUGGUGGAACAUGAGCUGCUGGCAAGAGGCCGGGACCAUGAAGAGUGGAGAGAGAAAUGUCUCCGGGGAAAACUGGAAAAAAUCAGGACUGAUCAAUUGUUCCACAGCAGCUUUUCCCGGAGGAUAUCCCGAUCUGGGAGUUCAGCAUCAGUGUCCGGAGUAGCGGGGAUCGGAAAAACAACAAUGGUGCAAAAGAUUGUUCAUGACUGGGCCACGGCGAAAAUAUACCAACAAUUCCAGUUUGUCUUCAGUUUCAAAUUCCGGGAUUUGAACUCAAUUAACUGCAGAGUAACCCUGAGGGAAUGUAUUCUGGAUCAGUAUCCUUACUUUGGUAAUAUGCUAGGAGAGGUCUGGAAGAACCCAGAGGGAUUGCUGUUUAUAUUCGACGGUCUGGAUGAAUUCAAGGGUAGAAUCGAUUUUGCUGACAGUCGGAGAGACACAGAACCUCGGCACCAGUGUCCAGAUCCCGAGUGGUGGUGUGAAGUGUCUGACAUUGUGUACAAUUUAAUCCAGCACAAGCUGCUCCCAGGGUGUUCAGUGCUAGUGACCACCCGCCCCACUGCGUUACAUUUACUGGAAAAGGCAGAGAUCAGUGUCAGGGCUGAAAUCCUGGGAUUUGAUAGUGAGGAACGGAAGCAAUAUUUCACCAGCGGGUUCCUGGUGGAACUUUUGGAGAGAGAGGAUUCAGCCCGGAGCGUGGUGUACACCUUCCCGCACCUCACCAUCCAAGAGUUUGUAGCCGCACUCGCACAAUACCUGACUGCAGAUCCCGGGAAUAUCGUGACAAUCCUCAUUAAAGUCGAUGGCAUGAGAGACGGGCGAUUUGAAGUGUUUCUCCGUUUUGUCGCUGGUCUCUCCUCCCCACGGACAGCUUGCAUCCUGGAGGAGUUUCUGGGUCCAGUUCCAAACCAAACAACCUGCCGAGUGAUUGACUGGGUGAAGGAGGAGGUUAAAUGUCAGAUAAGAAAUACAAGUAGAACUGGUAAAAGGAGGCUCCUGAACUCGCUGCACUACCUGUUUGAGUCUCAGAAUCCUGAACUGGCUCAGCAGACAUUGGGAUCUGUGAAAUUGCUUUCAUUCUGUACACUGGUAAUGAACCCGAUUGACUGUGCGGUCCUGUCUCAUGUCAUCAGGCUCUGUGAUACAAUCAAACACCUCGAUCUGUGGAACUGCUACAUUCAGUGUGAAGGUUUCCAGCGGCUGGGACCGGUUCUGCACAAGUGUCAGGAAUUGGGACUGGGAGGCAACGACCUGGGAGAUUCUGGAGUGAAACUGGUGUCUGCGGCUCUGAGGAACCCGGACUGUAAAAUACAGAGACUGAGGCUGGACAGUGUCGGUCUCACAGAUUCUGGAGCCGAGGAUCUCGUCUCCACUCUCAGUGCAAACCGCUCACUGUUGGAGCUGGACCUGAGAUACAACUCUCUUACAGACCGAUGUGUCCCCGCUGUCCGCCGCCUCAUACUGACCCACCCGAGUCUGGAGCUGAUCUGGCUGGGAGAGAAUCAGUUCAGUGAAGAUGGACGGAAGCAACUGGAGAAUCUGAGGAGAAUCAGACCCGGACUGAGAGUGGACGUCAGAUCAUCUCGGGAACCGAAAUUAACACUAAUAGGCAAAUUCUACUAUCGUCGUUGACCAGGCACAUCAUCAUGGCAGAAAAGCAAAGUCGGAUUGAGAGCAGUGCCUCGACGGAAUGUUAACCCGCCGAAGAGGAAAGGGAACAAUGUUAGUCCUGAGUGAGAGGAAUAAGAGACGUGGUUCACGGC